AUGUCCGCCAUCGAGCCAGUCGUCGUCAUUGACGGCAAGGGACACCUCUUGGGUCGCCUGGCCAGCACUGUUGCUAAGCAGCUGCUCAACGGUCAGAAGAUCGUCGUCGUGAGAUGUGAAGCCCUCAACAUCUCCGGCGAGUUCUUCCGCGCGAAGCUCAAGUACCACGCCUACCUUCGCAAGAUGACUCGUUUCAACCCCACCCGCGGAGGUCCCUUCCACUUCCGUGCCCCCUCCCGCAUCUUCUACAAGGCUGUCCGCGGCAUGAUCCCCCACAAGACCGCCCGUGGUGCCGCCGCUAUGGAGCGCCUGAAGGUUUUCGAGGGUGUUCCUCCCCCCUACGACAAGAAGAAGCGCGUUGUCGUUCCCCAGGCUCUGCGUGUUCUCCGCCUGCGCCCCGGCCGCAAGUACUGCACCGUUGGUCGUCUCAGCCACGAGGUUGGCUGGAAGUACCAGGACGUUGUUGCCAGACUUGAGGAGCGCAGAAAGGUUAAGAGCAGUGCAUACUACGAGCGCAAGAAGGCCGCUCGCCGCCAACUCGUCCACGCCCAGAAGUCGGCGGGUGUUAACGAGCAGACCAAGAGCCAGCUCGCUUCCUACGGAUACUAG